GGAUACACUAAGACCAGAAGAAAGACCUGUGAGCGUGCACAGCACCACUUCACCUCAUGGCCGAAGAUGGUUUGCCUAAAAUUUAUUCUCAUCCUCCAACAGAAAGCAGUAAAACACCAAAUGAAGCAACCAUUUUCAUUGGGACUGACAAUGCUGCUCCUAGAUCAGAAACAGUGAUUACUUCAGAAGGAGACCACAUUACUUCAGUAAAUGACUUCCUGCUAGAAGGUGAUUUUUCAGCAACCACAGGCAAUAAGCUUAUUGCUACAAAGGAAAAACUCAAAUCAGAGGAUGACUUGGAGACCCAUAAAAUUAAGCCAAUGACUCCUCUGGAGAAAGAUGUUACCAGUGUGUCUGAUGCUACAGACUCCAGAGCCAACGAGCACAUUACUGAAAAUUUCAUUUCAGUGAAACGUGGGAGCAUUUCACCACCUGUUGCUACUGUUUCUUUAAUAGAUUUUUCCACUGAUAUAACAAAAGAAGAAAUCAUCUUGGCUACUAUUGACACAGGGAAUGAAGAAAUCUCGAUAACUUCUGAACUCUCUGGCACACUGGAAAAAAGCGACACUGGCAUUGCAGACCCACCCACUUUUCCAGAUAAAAAAGGUGAAGAAGAUGUAAAAAAUUUUAACUCCCCAGUCGACUCCAAUAUCCCUGCUGAUGAUGCUGUCACGGACUCCCUCAUUCCUGAAGAUGAAAUCCCUCCUUCAACUGGAAAAAUCUUCCCCACUAUUCCAGACAUAACUGUUCUUGAAGAAGAGAAUGUGACUGAAAUUGACCUAGCUGUUUCAGAUGAUGAGCCCAGUGCUGUAACUAAACUUAUUGACUCAGAUGAGGAAAAAUUCAUUACUGUGUUUGAGCUCACUGCUGUUCCCGAAAAAGACAAAGAUAACCCAGAAGAUACCCCACUAGCUGACAAAGAUUCGACUGAGGGGGUCAGUAUGUGGAUGGAGAGUGAUGUACCAACUAAACCAGAGACCCAUUCUGUUUUGCUUUCUGCUGUUGAAUCUAGAUACGACUUUGUCGUCCCAGCAUCAGCUGCUAUGAAUUUCAUAGAUGAAUUAUCUACUAGCUCAACAGAAGACUUAAGCAGCAGGUCAGAAUCCGCAACGAGCGUCACUGAGCCAUUUUCUGAAAAUAACCCUGCAUUAGAUACUCCAAACUACAAGGAAGAUACCUCUACAACUGAAACUGGGAUCUUCAAACUACUGAAAGAAGAUCCAGAUGAAUUCAUGAUUUGAGAGCAGCAAAUGGAAUGCACGUAGGCUUGUAUAAUAGCCUGGCCCAUUAGUCUUAAAAUGGAAGAAGUUUUUCCUGCAGGCAAAAAUCUGGAAAAAAAAAAAUUGAAGAACAUGGAUAAGUAAGGUCUAAAACACUGAUAAUUACACUCUUCGUUUGAUCUUGGGUAGCAAUUCAAGAACUUCAUUCUUUUCUGAAACAGACUUCUUUAAGGGAUCUGUCUUCAGUGUUUCAAUUUUUCAUUAAUAAAUCUUUUUGACAGCAACUAA